UGUCCAAGUUGUACAACAAGUAACAGCUUGGCUUAGGAAAUAGAUCUGGAGAAGUUCCAUUUUUUCUAUGGCCUAAGCUUGGCUCACAAGGUCUAUUUAUCAAACAAAAAAAUUCUCAAAAGAAUACAAAGCACCUUAAUUCCGAAAAAUUUAGGAUCAGAUGUUGUCAAAUAAUAUCCCUACUUUCCAAAAAUGCUUACUUUAUUCUUAACUGAAAGUUCUUCUGUGAUGUUUCAGUGUUAAUGUUUUUAUUUAACCGUGUUUUAUUUACUUUUCUCCUCCAUCUCAUUUUGGAUACUUUUAAAUCUAAAAAAGAGUUUCAUUACGAGCUAUAUUAUAAAAGUUAUUUUAAAACUUUGCAAAACUUUUCUCUUUCAAGUCAACAUCACAAUAGACGCAACUAUGGGACACAUUGAUUAAAGAAAUAAUUAAAAUAUCAUAACUCUAAAAUUGUUCUUGUCGCCAACCAUGGUGACCAUUCCUAAGGACUUUCGAGACUUUGAUAUUUUGGCCCCUCCAAUUUUGAAUACGUUUCGCCGGCCCUGAAAUAUGAUUGUUUUUUUUUCAAAUUUUUAAUGGCAUUUUUUUCAUUGAAUCUAUCAGUAUCAUUUAUCUCUUUGACCAGCAUGGUAGACAACCUCUUUUCGAGUUUUUGCUAUACGAGGUCAGAUCUUUGGCGCGAAAGCGAAGAUCUGAUUGAAAAUGGCCUAACACGGUUAUGUUUUGGUUUUGAUUAAAUUUUUGGAAUAUUUUGAUGUUUCAUAUGACAGAGAUUUGGAACUCCGAUUUGAUAGUAUGAAAUGUGUAUUGCUUGGUAGACAACAAAAUGAGUGAAAUUCAAAGGUCAGAGUUGGAUUCUGUCCAGGAUGCAAACAAGAGAUUAACUAGAAAGCUGAAGCAGCUCCUGCAAAAGAAAAGGACUCUGAGUUCAGUCCUCGAAGGCUUGCUUGAAACAUCUUUGCAACUCGACUCACAAUUACAAGAUGUUAAAGAUUUGUACACUGGCAUUAGCAAUCAGUCAAUAGGAAAAACAGAAGAGAUGGUAAAGAAACUUGAGCAAUUGAAUCAAAGAAUUUACACAACUGUUGCAGUUCAUGGGGAAACUCCAGAUCAUGAGGCUGAAUUGUUUCCAUCGAGGGUCUCUCCUGAAGAGUAUUUUCAAGAAGAAGAAAAAUUUACAAGCUCUCUCACCAAUUACACCAGGAGACAGUUUUUUGAAGGAAUAGCUGAUAUGGCUGGCUCUAAAGAUAACCUCCGCUACGAAAUACUAGAAGUCAGCAAGCCAGAACUGUUUCUUAUUAAAGGGGAAUCCGAUGAAACUCUUCAGUCCAAAUGCAAGGAGUUGAAAAGACUUCAAUCUGUAUAUGUGAACAGUCAGACCAUCAAUUUAGGGAGUCUUUGCAAGCUCCGGCGGCUUCAAGCUUGUCUUUACAAAACUGAAGAUAUUAUGUCGAAAAUUUCUUCACAGCCUUCUUCCCUGGACGUUGAAGCAUUGAGCUCAGAUAUUGCUCAUCUUCAUAAAAAGUGCGAAGAAGGCAAGCGUGAAUUGCGAAGGCUUUUUGAAGAGAAUCUGACGUCAUUGGUUAAAGAAAUGAGUGAAUUUCAAACUGCCAAAGUCGUCAGCGGCAAUUUCGAUCUUAAAAUUGCUAGACAGGAUUAUUUCAUUUCAAAGCAAGAUGCGGUUAUUGAAGAGCUGUUGCUACAAAAUUCUCGUUAUGAAUUUUUAUCGAUGUUAUACGAAAUGGAGGCCAAAUCUCAUAGAGAGACCUAUCAUUUGCUCUCUACUGCCAAAAGUAUUUUGAAUAACGACCGUGAUGCUCUCGGAAAGAGGCUUGAACUGAUGCAGGAUCACGUGCAAAAGAAGCCGUUGAGAGAGACUAUCGAUUCACGUGACUAUUACAUGCAGAAUCUGUUUAAACUCUUUGAAACAAACGCCGAGGAGUUAGAGAAAAGGCCAUUCAUUACUUACGCUAUGCUAGAAGACAAGUUUAAUAAUGCAUUAGCUAGAACCAAAGACCAAGCAUUCGACUUCAAUGCUGAUCCAGAAACUGAACCUUUGGAUGUUGUAAAGCGGCAAUUAGAAGAUUGCACGUCACUGCUCUUUGGAAACGAGGCGAGCAGAGGAAUUGAAGACACACAACAGGAGAUGUUCGAGAAGAUAUCCAAAAUUGACGAUGUUCUUAAAACGAUUGAGAAAUCGGUUAAAAGUGCAAUAUCAGAAAUUGACGGCAAGAAAAAGAUUCUGGCUGCUGACUCUUUGAAAGCCCUGGAAAGAACGCUGUUCACAAACUUUUUCAAUGACCCAAGCAGACUGAAAAGGAUCGUCUCAGAACUCAGAACGAGGGCUGAAGCCAUAUCAACUUGAUUGGACCUUUUUAAUUUAGUCAGGACGCCAUUGUGUUUUUUCUUAUUAAUUAUUUCAAUUAGGCCGAUUUUAUUUUGUUUUGUUUAUCGGAAAACAAACUUGGCUUGACAAUGUUGUUAGGGAUGAACAUGAAUUAAUGUUUCUGAAGAAUUUGAAAACAGAAAACAGAGCAUACUUGAAAUCUACUUGAAUAAACUUGAAAUCAAGGCUAUCGUUAGCUGUUGUGCUCAGGGAGUGUCUAGGUCCCGUAUGCUGACAAGUGGGUGAGCCUUCCUUUAUUAACCGACAAGUUUGAAAAUUCACCGACGAAGCAAUCCUAAAUAGUAAAAAACCUGUUUGAAAUUGGAAUUUUUUUCCAAGGGAGUGUAACACGCAAGUUCACACGCAACGCUUUCUUUCCCUCCCAUAGCUAUAGCAUUUGUGAAGUAGAAAAUUGAUUUGUGAAAUGUAUUUUUAAAGAUAUGAGCAAACACUUAAUCAUUCGUUUUGUAUUAAAGUUCGUGUUAAAAAAUAGUCACAGGCCUGGGGAUGUACUGUUUUACCUUAUUGUAGAUUUGUUCUUGGAAAUGUUAAGGAAUCGAGAAACUAUUGUGAAUAUAAAGAUCAGGUUGUCUGCAAAGCUUCAGCUUAAUAAAUAUCUCAAUAAUAAUUUCCCGUUGCCCGUUUACAGCGAAUAACAAUCCUUUUGAUUACACUUUAUACAGAUUGGAACCUUUUUAGAUUGUCUCCUUCGUGAUAAUAAAUAAGAUGCGGGUAGGAAGUUGUUUGUGACUAGCCGAUUUAACGUGCUCACACAUUCUAUAGUUACCAGCUUUUUGAAAUGAGGCGAAGGACUAAACAAUAAAAAAUGUUAGUAGAUGUUCGGGUGACCACAGUUAGAGAAAGAUCUUUGUAUAUAAUUUAUUCAAACACUUUGCAUAAUUAUUUUGAUUGCAACAGCAUCGUCGACCUAUCAAAAGCAUUUUAAUUUUCUAUUCGCACUACAUAUGUGGUAGAAUUGAUUUCAUAGAUGGAAGGCUCUGUAUGACUGAUUACAAUUUUAAACCAGUACUUAAUUUCUCAAUGUGAUUGGUACUUGGCUAGGCAGUUUUGCAUUUUGUGUGAUUAUUAUUAUUUUAUUAUUAUCUGUUUAUUUAAAGUAGGCGUAUAAAAAUAGCUACAAAAUAAAAGCUAAUCCAAGCCUACUACAAAGUAAAAUCGUACAAGGAUCAUGCAUGAGCCCUUUUCUGUUUCGCCACACAUAACGAAGCUGACGGCGUUUUAUCUUUCCUAGAAACAUUACUAAAUCAUUCUGAACUUCUUUCCUCUAGUCAAAAGACACCUCAUUAUAAAUGAAUAGAAUCAUUUUAUUAAUAAAGUGAACAUAAAAUGCUACUGCGCAAUGAGCUUUAUUCCUGCUGUUGUUUAUUCUCUCAUCUGACAGCACAAGGCACUCAGCUCUGUUACUGCAAAGCACCAAAAGCCUUUCAACAAAUAUCUAGAAGACGUUUUUAUACUUUAAAAAAAGGCUAAAUCAUGAAGGUAUAUGACGAAAUUCUGUUAGAGAUUUGCUUAUGAGCUUAUAAGUAACAUCUUUAACGUACUUUUCAAAACAAGAAAAUUAGAAUCUGCCCGUUGUCUCAAUAUCAGUUUAUCUCAAAUUUAGCGAAUUCAACUUCAAGUAGACUUUCCAAAAUUUGGUUUGCAAUUUAAUCGUGACUUAGGCAAGGCAAUAAUGUUU